AUGGCACCCCGAUCAGAUGAUUCAGAAUCUCCAAUGAUUAUUCGAAAAUGGCACAAACCAAGCCACACCGUUACUCUUGCCUGCACAGUUGCUUCAGUAGAAGGAAGAGCUCCUCUGGUCGCUUUUGGUGGAAUUAUUGAUGGAGAAUGGCAGAUGUUGUUGAACAAGCAUGGAAUGCAUCAAAGGGCACGGAAUAAUUUGUUCAAAGUUUCCGAAAUUGUUCCAUUGGCAGAAGAUAUAAACAGGAAUACCUCCAUCAAGUCCAGUUUUGACGACGUAGCCGACAUAGAACUGCAUGUGCACCUUAUCCAGGAAGAAGCUUCUUUGAGUGUAGAGUAAUCGACAUUCCCACUCUUCUUCUAUUUGCUUAUUCUACAUGUGUACAAAUUUUGCCCUAUUCGUAGUUUGCUUUCACUCCUCGAAGAGCGGAUUCAAUUAUCGUCUUACUAAGUAAUCGUGUUCAGUUCAUAUUUAUUUUUGUCAUGACUUCAUAUUUAUUUCCAUCAUAACCAUAUGUAUCAUUGCGUCGUAUAAGUUUUCUAGAGAAAUUUCGUGAGAAACUGUCCACUAUUAUUGUUGUGU